CCUCACAGAUGAAGCGCAUCCCCGGCGUCCCGCAUGCCGUGACGGCGACCCAGCUCGCGUCCGGGGCCUUGGGUGCAGUGGGCUUCUACGCGCCGGCCAUCCUGUUCGCGACCACGGCAUACCGCCCAGAGCGCCCGCCCGAGAUCACCAUGGCGCUCAAUGACCUGUCGUGGAUCUUCACCGUCUUCGGCUUCACGCCCGUCGUCACCCAGAACGUCGCUUUCGGCUGGGCCAUACUGGCGGACCUCCGCCCCAAACCCCUCUUCCCGCGCUGGCUGGGCUGGAUGAACGUCAUCCUGCCCUUCGGCCUCAGUCCCGGCAUGGGCCUCCAUUUUGUUCAUCACGGGCCGAUUGCUUGGAACGGAUGGGUGACGUUUUGGCUGGGGUUCGUGUGGUUUGGUGGUUUGACUGGCGCGAAUAUCAUGUAUCUGUUCCUGGCGGUAGGUAACGAUAUGGAGCGUGACGCGGUGGAAGAGGUUGCGGUUGAGGAACCCACGAAACGAAACUGCUGAGAACCAGCAUUACUAGCAUAGGAUAGCCUUCCUGUCGAAGACAUACAUGGCGCUUGAGGCCAGGCUGUUGUCUGCUACCUCGACCUGAUAUUCCGGCGCAUCUGGAAGCUUGCUCCAGAGCCUCGUGGUGCAGAUACGGGGAAUGAGAGCGCUUUGUGUAAGCGUUAGGUGGAUCGCCUAGAAAGGAGCUAGGUAUACAGUACCCAUAGCGGGAAGCAAAGAGGAAAGGAGACCGCAUACAUUGAUUCCGCCGACCCUCUCACUCGAAGUCUUCACACAACGGUGCACGUUUUCCAAGUAAUGAGAAAUGUUCAACAUUAUGAAAUUGGUUAAAGAAUGUAUAUACAA